AUUUCAGGCGUCGAGUACGGCGUCAGUCUCGAAAUCCCACCUGCUUCGAUGAUACUGAGUAAAAAGAUGACAAAGAAUAAUAAAAGGCAAAAUCAUUUUGACGGCCCUUCAUCUGGAUCAUCAGGAUGAUUCAUCAUCAGAUGAUUCAGAUGAUAUAGGAACAGAAAUGAGUUAUAGAAGUAGUCCCAGAAUGCAUGUACUCAAACAAAAAUUUCAAGUACCGAUAAUAGAUUAUUUAGAUUUGAUUCUAGCUGAAAAUCCUCAAUCCUUUUACAAUCACUUUCUAAAGAAAGAAUUGAUAAUUUCAUAUUUUUAACCCUGAAGAAGGAGCAAUUGAAAAGGAAGAUUUGCGACAAUUAGGUCUUGAGAUUGAAGUGAUUGACAGACUUUUAGAUAAUGUUGAUGACUUCAGAGUUCAUUUGAUGGAGCAACAGAGUUAUUUGAUUAAAGAAACAAUCUCUUAUCUUUUUCUCUUUUCUAGCUUGGAAUCUGUAAACUAACAAUCUCUUACAACACACAUAUAUAUAAUAAUAUAGUAUCAAGAGCUCAGUGAUGCUGAUGGAAUUACGUGAUGCGGAGGAAGACUGGGAGCUCUGAUGAUCAACGCGAUAAUGGUGGAAAGGUCAUCUAUGAAGGUAGGAAGGGGCUUUUUCGUUGUGGCAGCACGGUUCCCUCUACAUAGGACAAUCCUUUUUUCCAAACCUGAUCACACACUUUGCAUCUAGCUCCAAACCGACUGCACGUCUCGAGACCCCGCAAUCUAGCUGGAUUUACAU